AAAUAAAAGCGCGCCAACGAGAGAACAAAACCCUAAUUUCGCCGGCGAGGAAAAAACAUGCCGGAGCUUCCGGAAGUAGAGGCGGCGAGGAGAGCUAUAGAGGAUAAUUGUAUUGGAAAAAAGAUUAAGCGGGUCAUCAUCGCCGACGACAGCAAAGUGAUCGAUGGAAUCUCGCCGUCCGAUUUCCAAAACUCAGUCCUCGGCAAGACCAUCGUCUCUGCUCGCCGAAAGGGCAAAAACCUCUGGCUCGAGUUAGAUUCCCCGCCCUUUCCUUCUUUCCAAUUCGGCAUGGCUGGUGCUAUUUAUAUCAAAGGCGUUGCAGUUACUAAGUAUAAAAGAUCUGCUGUCAAGGACUCAGAGGAGUGGCCAUCUAAGUACUCAAAGUUCUUCGUCGAGCUUGAUGAUGGUCUGGAGCUUUCAUUUACUGAUAAGAGGAGAUUUGCCAAAGUUCGACUUCUAGCAAAUCCAACUUCUGUGCGUCCAAUAUCAGAGCUCGGUCCUGAUGCAUUGUUGGAGCCUAUGACUGUUGAUGAAUUUGCAGAAAGCUUAGCGAAAAAGAAAAUAACCAUAAAGCCUCUCCUACUUGAUCAGGGUUUUAUUUCAGGUAUUGGGAAUUGGAUUGCUGAUGAAGUGCUGUACCAAGCCAGAAUCCACCCAUUGCAGACUGCUUCUAGUCUCUCCAAAGAGCAAUGUGAAGCUUUGCACACAUCCAUCACAGAGGUGAUAGAAAAAGCAGUGGAAGUUGAUGCAGACAGUAGUCAGUUUCCUAGUAACUGGAUUUUUCAUGAUAGGGAAAAGAAGCCAGGAAAAGCCUUUGUUGAUGGGAAGAAGAUUAAUUUCAUCACAGCUGGUGGAAGGACAACAGCUUAUGUCCCAGAGCUGCAGAAACUUUCUGGAAAAGACGCAGAGAAAGCAGCCAAGGUUAGACCGGGUAAACGAGGUGUGAAAUCCAAAGAAGACGAUGGAGAUGGAGAAGAAGAUGAACAAGAAUCUGAGAAAGAAGAUGGCAGUGCAAAACUGAAGAAAGGACAGAAAUCAAGGGGUGUUCGUGGUAAGAAGCCUGCACCAAAGACAAAAACAGAAGAUAGUGAUGAGGAGGACGACGAUGCUGAUGGUGGAGAUGAUAGUGACACUGAAGAGAAAGUUGUGAAACCCAGAGGUCGUGGUACAAAGCCUGCUAUAAAGAGGAAAGCUGAAGAGAAACCUACUAGCCAAGUUGGUAAGAAGCCAAAGGGAAGAAAAAGUUGAGAACUUAAUGGCUCCAAGAUGCUUUUGUUUUUGGGCUGCUAACACUUCUGCCCAUUUUUUUUUGUAAGAAAGUAUGUUGGUAAGGCGGGAUGCCUAUAAGGCUUUGUGAUGCUACUAUUGCUACUUGCUAGGUAUUUUGGCUGUUACAAGGCUUUGUGAUUACCUUU